AUGGGGCUCCGGUCCAGGACCGUCGCUAGCGGCUCCGAGGAGCAGAAGAAGACCUCCGGCGCUCCUCUUCCUCCUUCCGGGGACUUACUGGACCAAAGCGGCGGCGGAGGAGCGGACAAAGAUGGGGCCCUGCUGCUUGUGGGCCGGGAGGACUUCAAGCGCGGCGCUCCGGGCAUCAGCAUCGGGCUGCUGGCCAAAACCCCCCUGAGCUGCAGCCGGCCGGCCAAGAGGAGCAACAUCCGCAAGAGGAAGAUCCAGAACCUGAUCUACGACACGCUGGAGAGGCCGAGAGGAUGGGCCCUGCUCUACCACGCGUUCGUGUUUCUGAUCGUUCUGGGAUGUUUGAUUCUGGCCAUACUGACCACAUUCAGGGAACAUGAGAAGGAUUCUGCACACUGGCUGGUCAUACUGGAAACGUUUGCCAUCUUCAUAUUCGGAGCAGAGUUUGCACUGAGGAUCUGGGCGGCUGGUUGCUGCUGUCGCUACAAAGGAUGGAGGGGGAGGCUGAAGUUUGCCCGCAAACCGCUGUGCAUUCUGGACAUCUUCGUGCUGAUCGCCUCGGUGCCGGUGGUGGCGGUGCGUAACCAGGGCAACGUGUUGGCCACGUCGCUGCGCAGCCUGCGCUUCCUGCAGAUCCUGCGCAUGCUGCGCAUGGACCGGAGAGGCGGCACGUGGAAACUGCUGGGCUCGGCCAUCUACGCUCACAGUAAGGAGCUGAUCACGGCCUGGUACAUCGGCUUUCUGUCUCUGAUCCUGGCGUCCUUCCUGGUCUACCUGGUGGAGAAAGACGACGGCUCGGUCAACGUGUCUGACCAGGAGAACCCCACGGCGCAGACCCAGCAGCAGGACUUCGACACGUACGCCGACGCGCUGUGGUGGGGGCUGAUCACGCUGACCACCAUCGGAUACGGAGACAAAACCCCGAAGACCUGGGCUGGGAGGCUGCUGGCCGGCACGUUCGCUCUGAUCGGAGUUUCCUUCUUCGCUUUGCCUGCUGGGAUUCUGGGUUCUGGUUUGGCUCUGAAGGUCCAGGAGCAGCACAGACAGAAGCACUUUGAGAAGCGGCGCCACCCGGCCGCCGGACUCAUCCAGUCGGCCUGGCGGUAUUACUCCACCAACCCCAUCAGGGAGGAUCUGAUUGCCACCUGGAGGUUCUAUGAAACCAUCAUCUCUCUUCCCUGCUUCAGGAAGGACACCUUGGAGGCCAUGGUCAGUCAGAAAGUGAGUUUGCUGGAACGCGUUCGCAACUCCAACGCCAGGCCGUCGUUGGGGAUGGUCAGGAAGCCGACGGUCAACGCCGAGUCCAUCGAGGAGAGCCCCUCCAAGGAGCCCAAACCCGCCGGCUUCAGUAACCGCGAACGCUUCCGGACCGCCUUCCGGAUGAAGGCCUACACGCUGCGGCAGAGCUCUGAAGAUACUGGAGGCCUUGCAGACCCAGUCUUGGAGGACCGGGGCUUCCCGCCAGAGAUCCUCCUGGAGGAGAUGAUCCCGACACUGAAACUGGUCAUCAGGGCCGUCAGGAUCAUGCAAUUUCUCUUGAACAAAAAGAGGUUUAAGGAAACUCUGAGGCCUUACGAUGUCAAAGAUGUGAUUGAGCAGUACUCUGCCGGACAUCUGGACAUGCUCUGCAGAAUUAAAUACCUCCAGACAAGGAUCGACAUGAUUCUUGCCCCUGGACCUCCCCUCACCCCAAAAAGCAAGAAGCCUCAGAAAACACCCUUUAACUACCCAUCCAGCCAGUCACCCAGGCAUGAGUCCUACUUAGCCAAAGCCUCGUCCAUGCCAGACACUGAAGACCAAAGCAUGAUGGGUAGAUUUGUGAGGGUGGAGAGGCAGGUGGAGGACAUGGAGAAGAAGCUGGACUUCCUGGUGGAUAUGCACAUCCAGCACACCGAGCACCUGCAGGUGGACUCGGCCGGCGACGCCCGGAUGACCGUGGAGGCCUGCGACCAGACGGCGAACGGUGAGAUCCGCCGGGUUUUCCUUAACUACUCCGAGGUGUUCCCUCAGAUGUCAUACCAGGUGCCUGUCAGCAAAGCCAAUUCGGCCUGCAGCAGAGGGCGAGGCGGCAGGCAGGGGGUCGGGUUGGCAGGCGGCGCCAUCCCCACGUAUACGGAGCGGCCGACCGUGUUGCCCAUCAGCUCCUUGCAGGACUUGUCGGCGGGGCGGUGCAGGACCACAGGGGGCCGGGGGGGCGACUCGCCGCUCUCGCUCCUGUCGGUGAACCACGAGGAGCUGGAGCGCUCGCCCAGCGGGUUCAGCAUCUCCGGGGAGCGGGAGGGCGAGGCGGGGUUGGACCUGUCGAUGGGGGCGGCGGUGGCGGCCGGGGAGGCCAGCUGGACGAGAACCAGGCCGAGCUACUUGGCCGAGGGCGAGACGGACACGGACACGGACCCCUUCACGCCCAGCGGGGGCGCCCUGCCCCUCUCCUCCACCGGCGAGGGGUUCGGGGACGCAGAGUGGAACACGCCGCCCUGAAACACGACGUCGCCUCGACUCUGAGACCUUAAAUCCAACCCAUGCCUGUAAAACCCAGAACGCUGGGUCAAAGCCACACCUUUGGGCCGAAGGUGGAUCUAAUCCGCCUCGUUGCUGCGCGUUCUGAACGACCCGCCGUCGACCUGCAGAGACCACCGCGGUCCAGACGGCGUCCAGGCAAUGAGUCCGCCCCAACGGCAAAACAAAAAAGGGAAAGCAGACCGUUUGUAAAAAAAAACUCUGUACAGCGCACUCUUCAAUUUAGCUAAAAAAAAGAACAUUAUACAUAAUAUAUACACCAAAAGCUUUACUGCUGCAAAGCCAACCGCACUGCAUGUGACGCAUGCGACUUUAGUGUAGACACUGCAAAUUUCAGGAUAUAUCAGGAAAAAGAACAGAGAUUGAAUGGAACAUAAACCUGCUAUGCCAUUUUGUAACACUUAUUUUUUAUAUGAAGACAUCCUUGUUUCUGCAUGGUUUGCAUGAUGCUGCACCAUUCCUGGGGUGACCAUUAGGGGGCGACACUGGAACCAAAAGUCUCCUGUCUGUUCUUGUUCCCCACCAACCGUCUGUCCGUCUGUCUCCAUGUUUGAUCCAAACUUCUUUGUUUUUGCUGGAAUCAUCUCAGAUUUACAAACUUACAGUCAGAAAAUAUUUGAAACACUAAAUUUCUGAUGCUCUGCUGGCACAUGAAUUCAGGGAUCUGAACCGUCUCUCAUCUCAUAAAACAUUCAGCAUAAUGUUAUAUGUAUAAUACAAAAGACCCCUUUGCUUUUCCCAUGUUUACCCAGAUUUAGUGUAGUUUUCUUAGAAAUAAAAAGACCCAUUAAACAGUUAUUAUGGAAAAGUGAAAACAUAUUGAACUAUUUUGUAAAGUUGUAGUAAAAGUUCAACCAUAACAGGUUUGUACGUUUUCACUGAUUCGCUAAAGCUCUGGUGAUAAUUCAUCUCCGUGGACGACAGCGGUGGAACUCUAUUAAAGUUUUAAUUGAGUUAAUUACAGAGUCUUUAAUUAAUUAAUUAUUUAAUUUAAAACCGUAUAUUGGCAACAAAUUCUCUUGAAAACUUAUUUUUACUAUUGAAUAAAUACAAAUAUGAGCUCAACAACUAAGAUAUUUAUAGGUUUUAAUCUGUUAUUUAGUUUCUUAAACCAUCAGAUUGGAGCAAAAUUUUAUUCUGUCCAGGACUGUGGAUGCUAACAUUAGCAUUAGCUACUACAUGUUUAGCAUUGAGAUGCUAUUUUAGGCUAGCUUAGCCUCCCUGAUAUGCUAACAACUCCUUUUAGCACAACAGUCUUUUCCAGCAUCCAAUCAGGUGAUUUAUACAGAAAUUAACCCCGGAGGGCCGAGAAGCUGCUUCGUCGUCCAUCGCUGCUGUUAGCGGAUGCAGCUAGCCGCGGAUGCAGCUAGCCGCGGAUGCAGCUAACAGCGGAUGCAGCUAACAGCGGAUGCAGCUAG